AGUUUAAAUCAGACAAUGGAAGGAGUCAGUAUUUACAAAAAUGUUUAAAGAUUUAUCUAAGUUAUGCUUCAGUAGUUCCGUCUUCACGUUAUACCACUUUUCGAGAGAUUAGCCAGCAGUCAUGGAAGCAGAGGCUACUGUGAUUAAGGUUACAUGUCCUGAGAAACAAGAAGAGCUGCCAAAGGCAUCCUCUGAGAUCCGAGAUGAACCAGUUGCUGCAUCCCUACAGAAUGAUGACAAGAAAACACCGGUCAGUGAUUAUGCUUCUCAGAGGACUUCGGAAAGUCUUGUUGGAGUGCUAAGUAUUCCAGUGAUUGUUCAAAGUGGUGAUGCAUCAAUUCAGCAAGCCACAUCAGAUCAAGUCGAGUCAAGGAAUGGUGAACAAAGUGAAGGAACUACCUGCAUCGCUCAGGGUAACAAUGAACUAACGGAUGGAAAUAGUGCUAGUGGACAUGGCUCGUCGGUUAUAUCAGAGACCUUGAUUGAAGCAGCGUUAUCAUCAGAGUCAUUACCAUGCCAACCAAAGCAAGAUGCGCUCAAGGAUAGGGGUGGUACGGUGAAAUGUGCAGGAUGUGGAAAGGCCUUCAGUCAGCCCUGGGCUCUUCCACAGAGAGCUAACAGGGUGGUGCUUUCUUUGUGUGACGACUGUGAGAACAUCACCUCGGCCAUGUUCAUUUGCAUCAGCUGCGGGCAAGAGUGCAGCAGCCUUGCUUCCCUGCGAGCACACAAACAGACGCAUCUAGUCCCCGAGCAGCGCAUCUUUGUUUGUGAAAUGUGUGGUGUGGGUUUUCAGAAGCAGAUUUCUCUGGAGGUGCACACGUGUGCAGGUCUUGUGAAUGUAAUCAGCAAGUCAGACGGAAAAGGUGCCACUUUGCAGGAGGCUGACGUACCACAAAAGCAAGCUCGAUCAAGAAGAAAACCUAGGGUGACACAGAAAGUGAGGGUGGAAGCCAUUGUCAAAACUUUAUCCAAAAGGAAUCAGCAGACUGCGAGGAGCGUCCCAGCAAGUAAUAACGUAUCUCCAAAGAAAGCGCAAUCUGCAAAACGAUCUACAUCAGCCAGAAAGCCACAGGCCAGAGGUAGGAAGAAAACAAUAAGAAAAACUCCUUCAGCAGUACUUCCGACUAAAGCAACUCCUCUAAAAAAGAAAUUAGUAGUUAAUUUUUCACCUCCAUCAAGCAGGCCUAGGACCCAGAGGAAAAUCUUGAAGAUACCAAAAGUGUUUGAAUGUAAAGAGUGCUCUGAGUUCUUCACGGAAAGUAAAGAGUUGAGAAAACACAAAGCCAUACAUAAGAAAACAAGGGAAACUUUUCAUUGUGAGACAUGCAAGAAGGAAUUCAAGUCUAAAGGUAAUCUCAGUCGUCAUGAGCUUACACACUCUGAGAAACCUACAACCGUUUGUGAAAUUUGUGACAAGGUAUUUCAGUCGAUUCAUACUCUAUUAACUCACAAGAAGACAGUUCAUAAUGAAUUGAAGCCAUUUGUGUGCGACAUCUGUCAUAAGGAUUUCAAGCAGUUAGGUAACAUGAAGACACAUCGACGCACUCAUACAGGAGAAAAGCCUUUUGUGUGCCAGGAAUGUGGGCGGGCCUUCGCUCAGAUGGGAAAUCUUCAGGCACACAUGGUCAUCCAUGCUGCUUCUAAACCUCAUGUCUGCGAGAUGUGCGGCAAGGCUUUCUCCUAUCUUCGCAGUCUGCAGAACCACGUGCGAGGCACUCACACGGGGGAGCGCCCGUUCGCAUGCCCAGUCUGCGGCAAGACGUUCUCCAACCCGAGCGUGCUUCGGGAUCACAAGCGAACGCACUCUGACAAGAGAGGCUACCUGUGCGACAAGUGCGGGAAGGGUUUCAAGAGCUACAAGAAUCUGAAGCAGCAUGAGAAGUUUCACCUGGACGUUCGUCCCUACAGCUGCCAGGUGUGUGGGAAGGGGUUUGUGUGGUUCAAAAGCUUUCAGCUCCACAAGAGGACUCACACGGGGGAAAAGCCAUAUACUUGCGAUCAAUGCGACAAGGCUUUUUCCAACAUCAACUCUCUCAAGAACCACAAACAGAAGCAUCUCUCUGGUUACGCCGCUCCACCUCCCAAGAGUCGCUCCACCGCCAAAACCCAUCCUCCUCCAAUAUCGGCUCCUCCUCCAUCUCUCCCCCCACUCCAAAGCCAAACAAUGAUCAUCCCACACCCACACCCGAGCCUCCACCAAGGGCAUACCAGGGAUCACAUGGUCAACUCCAUCCACCAUCAUGCAGACGUUCCUUCUUCUACUUCUUCCUCUACUCCUCCCAUUCAUCAUCCUACUAUCUCAUCCCACUCUCAGGCUUACAGUCAUGUUGUCUUUCCUCAGGCUUUCCCAUCUUUUGUCACUAAUCCCAGUGGAGAUUUUACCAUUCUAUGAUAUUUUUGUUCAAUGCAAUAAUUAGUAAGUUUUAUUUAGUUUUGAUGACAUUUUGAUUUACUGAUAAGAUGUCUGAUUAUUAUUAUCAACUCAAAGAGUAUCAGUAAGUGUGGUGCUGUUCAUAUUUUAAACACGGAUAAAGGCUUGUUAACACAUGACGUGGUAGCAGUUUCUCUGCUUCAUAUUUUUGUAUCUUAUAUGUUAUAACACAAAGAUUAGUGGGAACAUGUACUAGGCAGGGCUUGAUACUAACAGGCGCUCGGGAGACAUGGGAGCCCAGAUCUAAGUCUGGACCUCCAAAAUUUCAAGAUGUAUACGUAGGCUUAUACAUUGAGGCCUUACAAUUAUGAAUCUAGUUCAUAAAAAAGUUCAUGUGGAGCCCUGAAGUAUGUGCAGGACCUUUGUUGCACGCAGCUUCAUGUACUUUUUUAAAUCCCUACUUGCCAUGCAGUUAGUACAAAAAACACCUACAGUUUACAACAACAUAUGAUGUACACUGUAUAUGAAUGAAAUUUUAGAGAGUACUCUGUCGGGCUUCUGUUUCAUGGAGCUCCUUUUUCUGCCUUACUUGCCACUUCACGGUAUUAAUUACAAAAUGGUUGUGUUUUUCCCCAGUUUAUUUUCAGUCGAUAUACAAUAUGUAUGAAAUGGGCUUUAUCAUUAAGUAAUAGGCUGAUUGCUGAUAUCAGAAUGAUAUUCUUAAAGACUUUUCCACGGGAACUAUUCCUUGGAGUAGGCUCACAUAAAGAUUUGUUUGUGAGUCUUUUAUUUUGAGCUCGAGAAGACAUGGUGAUCACGUUCAGUAAUUUAUGUUACAAAUAAGUGACACAUUGUUGUUCCUGUUUUGUUGUAUUUAAUAUUGUGUGUUUGUGACAGGGGCUUUUAUUUCAGUAAUAUUUGCCUAUUUCUUUGCAACUCAUGACAUGAUGACAAGUCUACAUUACCGGUAUGCUCCUUUUGACAAUAAUGAUAUGAUGAAUCAUUGCUAUAGUCUUUUAUCUCUAUAUUUUGUUUAGAAUGAUCCUUGACAAAAUGUUGGUUUUCUGCGAACAGUGAGAUCCUGUCUUAUGAUUAUAUUGAUGGAGUUGCCUGAAUGUUGUUUAUGAUUAUAUCCAUUUCAAAUUAUGUUUGGUCAUAUCAGCAGCAGUGCUUUACAUGUGCUAUGUACAUUAACCACCUAAAAAGUAUCACAAUGAAAUAGAAGACAUUAAAUUGCACCUUUAGGCAUUUCCCAGGCUGAUUUUUAGAUUAAAAUUAUUGAAUGAUGAAACUGAAUGAAUGAAUGAAAAUUUGUUGUGAAAACUUAUUCCUUUGUUAAAGUGCCACUACAGUGAGUAUGUGCAGUCACUUGUUUAUGAUAUUUUUAAUCCACUACAUGAAAUCCUCUGCUGAGAGCCAAUGUGGCUUUAAUUUUGUUUGAUUAACAAUAUUUUGUCCCUCAGUGGGAGAAAAAACAACUGGCUUCAACAUAUUGUUGUUUAUGUUGGUUGUAUUUUUGGCAUUGAGUCGAAUUUGACUAUUUGCACCUAAUUUGUAGGUAGUCUGGUUCUAAUGCAGUUUUGCCUUUUAAAUAAUUAAUUAGAUUAUUUUGCAUUCUGUUAUUAACUCCAUGAUUAUACCAAUGAGUUUAUUAAUGUACACCUAUAUAGGGAUGUUUUGUUGACAAUGAUGGUUCUUAAAUUUAAUUGAUACCAGUAUAUAGUACACGUAUUAGGCUAUUAGUGUUACUUCUACUGUAGGUUAAUUGUCCAUAUCAUCAAGCCAAAACUUCUUUAAUUUUUGUUAAAGAUUUUCUGGUUUCUUUGAACUGUUUGUUGAAUAGGAGCUAAUAAUAGUUAUAUUAGUACUGUAUUCUGAAUAAUGACAAUGAGACACCAGCAUGCUCAUCAACUAUUGCAUAUUUAGCAAUACCUUGCAUUUCCUCUGUAUUCUUUAUAUUUUCCUAGUUCUAUUCUAGUUUAAAUGGGCUGACUGGUUUUGAUUGUGAAUAAAGUGCUGUACCCUAAGACUGUAAAAGUAUUAAUUUCUACCAAAUUGUAGGCUGAACGAUAUGUUGUUAUGAGGAUUAUUCUUUAUUUUACCUUUAAAAUAUUUUUGUUUGUAUUAAAUGAAAUGUGGCAGCAGCACUAGUACACGUAUGUCCGUAUUAUAUAGAGAAAUCUUGCAACAACAAAAUAGCUUACGAACAACAAAAUGUGCAUUAUUCAAACUUUACAAAGAAAGUGCAUUUUCUUGUCCAAUGUUAUGAUAUUUGAAUAAACAGACUUGGUAAAUCCCAGAAACAAAAAUGUUUAAUUUCAAUUUGCCCAAACUUUGUAUUUUGUGGAUUACAUUUGUAGUUAGCCCAAAAGGUGAAAUAAUAGGUUAUCUAAUCAUAUUUUAAUGGCAUUAAUCAUCAAAUGCCUGUUGUGUUGUUGGCGUAGUUGUUGUUUAGGUUUUCAGGAGUGAAUGUUUCAAUGGUAUGUCAAACCUUUAGAUUUUCUAGUUUGGUGGUAACAAUUUUAGCAAUUAUUUCCCUCAUAAGAGUUUUAUUACUGAAGGAACAUUUCUUGUAUUUUUACAAAUAUCUGGGUUUGAUUAAGAAACCAUCAUUGUUACCUUACUUUUAUACUCAGUCAGGAGCAUGGCAGCAAUGGUAUUUGAUAAAAGAAGAGUAUUUCAAUGUUAUCUGUUUAUCAGUUCAAUCAUUCAAACUAUUCAUUUCAUUAUAACUUGUACAUGUAUGUCUGAUGUAUGUAUUCUCUCUGUAAUAUUUCCCUAUUUUAAUUAUAUUGUAGAAGUAACUUAUUUAAAGCAUGUAAGAUGAAGGAGGCUUUCAGUUAAGUGGCUUUGUGUAGUACUAGUAAUGAUUGAAAUGUAUAUGGUUUUUAGACUGUCAUUGAAAUAUUUGUGUACAUACAAUAUAUUGCACAUAUUGCAGUUGAAAUUUUACAAGUAGUUUGAUUGUCAAAGUCAUUUUUAUUACUUCUCAAAUGAUGUUGUCACUCGUUUUAACACAAAUGUGUAUAUAAUGUAUUUUCCUUUCAUAAUUGAAUAUUUAAUUCACAAUUCAUAAAUACUUAUGAAGUAUGUUCUUUACUCAUUGCCGUUUAUAUUUUUCAUUUUCUUUUUUUUUUAUUCAUGUCUGCUCAGCUAAUACAUUUUGUAUAAAUGUGCCUCUUAUGUCAGUGGCUGUUUUUCAUAACUGAAUCAUGUGAAGUGAAAUGUGACUAUCAUUUAAGAACAUUCAAGUGUAUUUGAAGAAAAAAAAAUAAAGCAAGUGAUAAGCAACUCAUGAAACUCAUAAA